AUGGAAGUCGACGACGAUGCCAGCAUAGUAAGCGACGAUACAAACGCCAUCAACAACAUCGCUCCAGAUGGCGACGUUAUUAUGGUGAUCGGCCCUAAGGACAAGGAAUUUCGACUUCAUUCGCAGAUCCUGAAGGCUGCUUCCAAGGUCUUCAAAGCUAUGCUCGGCCCAAACUUUGCCGAAGGCCAGCAGCUCCUCAACAAUAGAAUUCACAACGACCCAGUCAAGAUCGACCUUCCCGAGGACGACGCAUACAGCAUGGGUAUCCUUUUUGAGCUCAUUCAUUAUCGACAUGACGUUCUUUCUAGUGCCGACGCUGACAUAGUUUUCGACGUUGCGCUGGCUGCCGACAAGUAUGAUCUGAUCUGUGCCGUCAAGUACCCGAUCACCGAAGCGAUGGAUCGUAUCGUGUUCACCGACGAUGAAAGAGGCGAAGAGGAGUCCAUGUGGAAGCUAGCUAUUGCUGCUUCAAUGUUCGAUUAUGACCCCAGCUUCAAGAAGGCCACUCAGGCGCUAGUUUCGUUGUCUUUGCAUGGAUACAUUCGGUUGGCCGACUUAUGGUACCAGGACCAGAUCUUCGCACUUCGCCUAUGCGGCCUUCUCGAAGACCAACGAGCAGAGCUAAGACGGAUGGUGAUGAGCAAGCUUCUGGCUGUCUGUGCGUGGUACAACGAUGAAGACAACGACCAGACGCAAAGGACAUUUGGCUCAACCAUCCUGAGAUUCGAUAUCAAGAUGGAUGCUCCCGAGUACUUUGCCCAUUCAGACUUGCAGGGAGUUCUUGAUGCCAUAGAAUCUUCUGAUUAUUUCAACCAAUUCCGCGAGAAUGCUCAACGAGAGAACGACAGAAGCACCAAAUGGAUUGGAAGAACCGUUAAAAAGGCUGGGCUGAAUUUGUCCGAUGUGCGUGCCUGA